CUGGAUAUUCCAUUAGAGCAUCCAGCGGAGGUGAGGUGGGCUCAUCUGGGAAUGUGAUCUGCUUCCUGGACUCCGCCGGAGCCUGCGUUGAGGCUGCUCGUUCGUUUGGAAUAAGUGUGGCAAAAAUGCUGCUCGGUGAAUGCUGAGCACCAUGACGAGCGGCCAGGACGCUUGGGUCACGCUGACCCCAGCAGAAUUCGCCCUCUUGCAAGAAUAUACUCAGUACUCCACCAAGAAGCUGAAAGAUGUGCUGCAGGAGUUCCACGGCGAUGGCGUGCUGGCCAAAUACAAUCCAGAGGAGAAACAGGACAUUCUCAGCCAGGAGAUUGAUUUUGAGGGCUUCAAGCUAUUCAUGCAGACCUUCCUGGAGAGCGAACUGCCUCAAGAGUUCUGCCAGCAUCUCUUUAUGUCCUUCAGCAACAAGGACCACCCCAGCCCGUCCUCGUCCUCCGACAAGCCCAGAGUCUCCGGGCUCAAGCUGAUCAAAAGCAACUCAACCCCCCUGAGGACGAGCGGCGUGCCCGGCCCGCCGAGUACAGUGCAGCUCAAAGACAUCGUGUGCUACCUGUCGCUGCUGGAGGGAGGACGGCCCGAGGACAAGCUGGAGUUUAUGUUUCGCCUCUAUGACACCGAUGGGAACGGCUCUUUGGACAGCUCGGAGCUGGAGCACAUCAUCUCGCAGAUGAUGCACGUGGCCGAGUACCUGGAGUGGGACGUGACCGAGCUCAAACCUAUCCUGCAGGAAAUGAUGCAGGAGAUCGACUACGACCGCGACGGCACCGUGUCUCUGGAGGAGUGGAUCCAAGGAGGGAUGACCACCAUCCCGCUCCUAGUCCUGUUGGGUCUGGAGACCAAUGUGAAAGAUGACGGUCAGCACGUGUGGCGUCUGAAGCACUUCAACAAGCCAGCCUACUGCAACCUUUGUCUCAACAUGCUCAUUGGCCUCGGCAAGCAGGGACUCUGCUGCUCGUUCUGCAAGUACACGGUCCAUGAGCGCUGCGUGGCCCGCGCGCCGCCCUCCUGCAUCAAAACUUACGUCAAGUCCAAGAAAAACACGGAGGUCAUGCAUCACUUCUGGGUGGAAGGUAACUGCCCCACCAAGUGUGACAAGUGCCACAAAACCAUUAAGUGUUACCAGGGUCUGACUGGGCUCCACUGCGUGUGGUGUCAAAUCACGCUCCAUAACAAGUGUGCCUCGCACAUGAAGCCCGAGUGUGACUGUGGACCUCUGAAGGAUCACAUCCUGCCGCCCAGCUCCAUCUGCCCUGUCGUCUUGGAAAGGCAGUCGACGCUAAGGAAGGACUCAAGGUGCAGCCAGUCGAGUCGCGGAAAAGUACAGCGAGCCAACUCGGUCACAGUUGAUGGUCAAGGCCUGCAGAUCACGACAAUAGAGGGCACUCAUCCGCUGCUGGUGUUUGUCAAUCCGAAGAGCGGUGGCAAACAGGGAGAGAGGAUCUACAGGAAGUUCCAGUACCUCCUAAACCCGAGACAAGUGUACAACCUGGCAAAGAAUGGACCCAUGCCGGGGUUGAAUUUCUUCCGAGACGUGCCUGAUUUCCGGGUGCUGGCGUGCGGCGGGGACGGCACGCUGGGCUGGAUCCUGGACUUUAUUGACAAGGCAAACCUGGACCGGAACCCACCUGUGUGCGUAUUUCCUCUCGGCACAGGAAAUGAUCUGGCCAGAUGUCUGCGCUGGGGAGGAGGCUAUGAGGGCGAGAGCCUGCUCAAGAUCCUGCGCGACAUUGAGAACAGCAGCGAGGUGAUGCUGGACCGCUGGAAGAUCGACGUCACGGCCACCGACAAGGACGAGCGGGGCGACCCGGUGCCGUACAGCAUCGUAAACAACUACUUCUCCAUCGGAGUGGACGCCUCCAUCGCACAUCGUUUCCACGUGAUGAGGGAGAAGCACCCGGAGAAAUUUAACAGUAGAACAAAGAACAAGCUUUGGUACUUUGAGUUUGGCACUUCAGAGACGUUCUCGGCCACGUGCAAGAAGCUGCACGACUUUCUGGAAGUCGAGUGUGACGGCGUUACCCUGGACCUGAGCGCCGUCUCACUGGAGGGCAUCGCCAUCCUCAACAUUCCCAGCAUGCACGGCGGCUCCAACCUGUGGGGCGAGAGCAAGAAGAGGCGGGGUCACCGCAAGGCGGCCAAGAAGGGCCUGGACAGAAGGAUGCCUUUGACUGACCCUAAAGAGCUCAUGUUUGCAGUUCAAGACCUGUCCGAUCAGCUGUUAGAGGUGGUCGGGCUGGAGGGAGCCAUGGAGAUGGGUCAGAUCUACACGGGCCUGAAAAGCGCCGGAAGACGCUUGGCGCAGUGCUCCUCCGUCACCAUCAGAACCAGUAAAUCACUUCCCAUGCAGAUUGAUGGUGAACCUUGGAUGCAGACCCCCUGCACUAUCGAGAUCAUCCACAAGAACCAGGCUCCCAUGCUGAUGGGUCCUCAGCCGAGUCGAAGCUUCUUCUCCUCCCUGGUGAGGAGAAGGCGGGCCGAGAGCAAAGACUGAUCCCUCCAGAUGCUUCAUAGGUCCUCAAAGUCCUCGUCAGAAGCGACGAAACCCAUCGCACGGGCCAUUCCCCGACUCUUUUGGACCCGUUUGGAGAUGCGAGGGGCUCGCGUCUUUGCCUGCUUGAUUGCCCAGAGUGCCGUAGCAAAGUGUAGGUUCUGCCAGGUGGGUCACGGAGCGGCGUUUAGAUCCAUAAAAGUUGUGUUUGUUUGUUUUCUAGUGUCGCUGUUGUGCCGUGGCGGAGUAAUGUGUUUUUUCAUGACGCGUCUGCACAUUUAUUUAUACAGUGGUACUCUGACUUAACCAGUGCCACAACUUAGCAGUUUUUCAAGUUACAAAGCCAUCGCUUGAUCAAUUAUUUUUUUAUUUAUUUGUACUUUUUGUUUGUGUUGUGAGCCAAAAUUUCAGUCGCAAUUUAUUUCAGAUUUCACUUGCGUAAAGUUUUUAAGCGCCUCUGAUGUGAUUUUUCUCUGCAUUUGGUGGUCACCUCGCACGUGUUGCCUUUUCUUGUCCACAGCUCACUCCUGCCAGUCGUUAUUGAUUGUUCCUAAGAAAAUAUACGCGCAUGCCACUUCUUUUACAGGAACGGACGGCUCAGUGUGAACAGGUACUUGUGUUUAAUUUUUUUUAAAAAGCAGUCCGAAUGACUUUUCCAUGUAGGUGUGCCAUUAAGGUAACAUGGCUUGAUUGAUUUUUGUUCAAUGAUUUUUGUACAGUACAAUUUACGCAAAAAAACCCCCACAAACACGAAAUGACUAUUGACUAAAGGCAUAAGUAUGCCAAAAAAGACACUCGGGUACCUUGGUUUUAGGGGGAUGGUUUCAUUCACAUUGGGGUACCGAUUGCUUUUCUGUUGUAUAAACAGGAACACAUUUGAUGAAAUUUAAUUUUAAACGUACAAAAAACUGGUAGCAGUUUUUUGCCAACAAAGGAAAAAUUCAAAUAAACUUAAUAUUGUAUACAACAAUGUAAACACAACUUUUUUUUCUUUUGAGGAAAGUGCAACAUCAACAAUUUGUCUUUUUCGGAAUUCAAGUGAAAUACUGUAUACAAUACAACAAAUAUAUUUAUUAAUUUAUAGCAGCUGAAAUCCUUUAUUUUUAUUCAAGUGCCACACCAAUUUUUUUUUCUAUUUAAGAUGUAGAUUCAAAAAAUGUAUAAAUAAUACAUUUAUUCAUAUAUAACUGCUGAAAUCUUUUCUUUUUAGGAAAGUGAAAAAACAAUCAUUUGUCUCCUUUUAACGAAAUACAGUAAAAUAAUGCAUAAAAUAAAUAUUUGUACAUACAAUAAAACAAAUUAUGUAUUUAUUUGUAACAGCUGAAUCAUUUUCUUUUUAGAAAAGUGCCACACUGUUUUUGCCACACAGUUUGUUCUCUUUUUGAGGAGACAAACAAUGCAAACAAGUAUGACUGUGACAGUUAUUAAUCAAAUACAUACACACAAAAUUAUGAACCAUACACACCUAUGAUUUAAGAAUCUACCGCAUUUCCGCAAAUAAUGCCCAUCCCUCUAAUAGACACCAUGCCUGGUGCACUGAAGAAAAAUAAACAUCUCACUUUAAUAGAGACGUCCCUUUUCCCCAUUAGAAAAAACGGGUAGUCAGUGUAAGUAUCUCACUUCAUAGACUCGGCCGUUAUCACAUGAAACAAGAAUUAACUGCCUGAGCCCAUUUGAACUCUGUCGCUAACCAAAACAGCAGCACCUAGCAAGGCACUUAAACCGUCUCUCAUUAAUUCAAGUGGGACGUAUUGGCUCAAGUUGGGUAGCACAGUAUUAAAGAUGACGGUAUGGAAUGCGCAAAUGAUUUCACUUGACUUCGACAGAUGUUAAUGCUUGUUCCUGAAAGUUUUCUGAAAUUAUAAUAUAUUGUUAACAUUGGUCAAUACUGUUUACAAAAAUGUCCUCCAGUUAAGGCCUCCCCCCUAACAGAC